AUGCAUCGAUUGUCUAAAUAUGAGAACAGUAAGAUCUUUACAAAGCCAGCUGUCCGUGCUGCUGGUUGGAGCGGCUUACUGCUGGUUCGAGCCGAUCACGCUGCGCCUCACCCAGGACCCAGAACUCAACCUGACCUCGGACGAUGUUUCUUGGCUGAUAUCCAUCAUAGAAUUAGGCUCGGUCGCAAGUCCUAUGGUCGCAGGAUACUUAUGGGGAAGGAAAUUGGUAAUGCUGAGCGUGGGGCCUCUGUGCUUGGCCGCGUGGCUGCUGGUGCCACUCUCGAUGUCGGUGCUGUGGCUGGGAGUGGCACGGGUGAUACAAGGCCUCGCCACUGGAGUGGCCUACACCGUCCAGCCCAUCUACGUCGCAGAGAUCGCAGAGCCCAAGCUACGAGGGAGACUCAACGGCACCUUCCAGACCGCACUUUACCUCGGCACUCUCUUCGUCUUCUGCAUCGGCCCCUACAUGUCCUACGAGAACUACGCCUACGCUUGCCUACCGAUACCUUUUAUCUUCACCAUAUUUUUCUUGUUCUGUCCUGAGACACCCUACUAUCUCCUCAUGAAGGGUAAGGAAGAAGAUGCGAGGAAGGUUUUAAGGUAUUUCAGGGACACUCCGGAUAUAGAAGAAGAACUAAUCAAGAUGAAGGUGUCAGUCAAGGAAGAGAUGUCCGAUACCAAUGCCUGGAGGACACUCUUCUUCGACAAGCACGAGAGGAAGUCCUUCAUCAUCGUUCAGAUCGUCUGCGUCGCCAAGUUCAUGACCGGGAUGGCUGUUAUAAUCAACUAUGCCGUGGAGACCUUCUCGAAGAGCGAGUCAUUCUUGCCUCCUGAAGAGAUGUCAAUUAUACUUGCAGUGCUGCUUACUGGGAUCGCGGUAAUCUCGGCCUUCCUCUCGGAUUGGAUUGGACGGAAACCUCUUCUCCUCGUGUCCUGCUUCGGUUGCUUCGCCGCCCACUUCCUCACAGGACUCUAUUACUACCUCCAUGAGAAGACUUCCAUCGACACCAAGCCUUACGUCUGGAUGCUCUACCUCGGGCUCACUCUCUACUGCUUCUUUUCCGACAUCGGAUUAGGACCGCUGCUGCAGACUCUUCAGUCGGAGAUGUUCGGGGCUAGUACCAGAGGCUUGGCAGGCGGUAUCACGGAAGCCUUAGCCGCCCUCUUCUGCUUCAUCACACUGAAGGCUUACACUCCAGUAAACGAAAGUAUUGGGGUCUACAUGAAUUUCUGGUUCUACAGCUCGAUGGGUCUUAUAAAUGGGGUACUCCUUGCAUGGCUGAUGUACGAGACGGCCGGGAAGACGAUCGGGCAGAUGGAAAAGCCCAGAGAAAACAAAGUGCACCCAGAAGAAGGUGUAAGACUCGGAGAGUUCACGUCCGAAUAGACAUAUAAAAUACAAGAACCAAAAACAGGAGAAGUAUAACUCCAGUUGAAGCUCUCCUGAAGCUGUAGAAGAACUGGGUAACGAACAGGCUGUGACACAUAUCUUAAGAGUAGGAAAUUAUAAUCUAGAUCCCGAAUUAAGUAUAUAAUAAAAAUAACAAAAAUUGCCAAUUUCUUUAAAACAAAAUUAGAGUAAUUCUAAGAUUAUAAACCAUUUUGAGCAAUCAUAUUUCAAAGAAGAAUUAGUCCAUAAAAUCUACGUUUUAAUAUUUGCAUACAAAGAAUGGCCUACUGGUUACAUCAAAGUCUUGAGACAGAAUUAAAUUUCUUAAAAUUGAAUUUUUUAUUUAAAAAUAAAAACGACAUUGUUUUGCUUAUUCAUUUUUAGUAGGACCAGUAUUAAAUUUAAAAUAAAUCGUGAAUUUAGAUUUUGAAUGCACCACCGUAUUCCUGCAAUUAUAUUUCAACAACAAACUUUUUUAAAAAUAAUAUAACAUAAAGCAACAUUAAAAAAAUAUCAUAUUUAAGCAGUGUAUAUUACUUAUUUGGUAAUGAUUUUUUUAAAUUGGUUCCUUACAGAAAAGUUUUGGCUACUGUACAAACAUGAGAUGUGUAUUAAUUUUUUUCUCCAAAACUUGUUGAAUUAAAACCAGAAACUAUUAGUCACCAUAUAAAAAUAUUAAAUAACAUCUAACUUCUCCCAAGAAAGUAGUACUCCAUUGAUUAACAUAUUGGGACCAUAUGUCGUUUAUGGAGAAUUGUUUACAUGUUUUUUAACAUGAAAUAUACAUUAAAAAUCCUAAUGAAUAUUUUCAAAUUCAAAAAGCGUAGAAUUAUUUUGUUUGAAAUAAUGCGCCAAAAUAAAAAAUGAAGUCUUCAUGUCAUGAAAGCAUCAUGUUCCCUUAGGGAACGAUAAUUUCCUAUAAUCUUAGAAUUAGUCAUUAAUGUUUCUUCGGGUAUUUUAAUAGAAAAAUUUUGAACUUUUUUAAAUUAUAAUAUUUUUUCUUUUCAAUAUUCAAGAUAUAUGCAUAUUUUUACUACUGAAACCGUUACAUGAUAAUAUUACACUUUAAAAAAAUAUUAUGACCAAUUUGUUUCAAUCUUCUAUAUAAUAAAUAAUAAAAUCUUCAUAAACUUGCAGUUUGGUUACAAGCUUUAUUCAAUUUUCUGAUUGCAUUAGUCUCGAAUUUUAAAUUUGUGACUGUCUUUAUUUACAGGGCAUAUUUAUCAUAUUGAACAAUUUUUAACCUGAAAUAUAUAUUUUUUAAUUGAUAUGGAUGUAAAGUGGUCCAAUAAUUACCAAAACAUUUUGUAAGAAAAGAUCAACUGUACAGGAUAAUGUUUUUUAUUUGUAUACUUGUAAUAUAACCAUAAUUAUUUUUAUGGUGCUAUAAUGUGAUAUAAUAAAUAAGUUUUUCGUUUUUUUAA